AUGGUGGAUUCGCCAUGUCAAUCCUUCCUGGAACCCUCUCCAGGCACUCACACUAACCUGUUAAUUUCACAUUCUCGAUCUGAGUCCUCCAGGGACAACGGGUCGAUCAGGCUAACCGAAUCUGCCACGCUAAAUCUGCCAUUCUUUGAAACACCUACUUCUCCAUUGUUGUCCAAAACAAUAGCCCCGGUCUUUGCCAUACCUGCUCCUCGUUUCAAGGAAAAUCGAGUAUCGUCUCCCGAGAGAGGACGCAGCAGAGUUAGAUGUGCUUCAAAUUCACCAGCAGUGCGAAGUCCCUUCGGUGGCUCAAUUUCGCCAGAUAGAUUCAUCCCUAAGCGAGACUUUGCGGAGUCUAGCUCAGCAGCAUUCCGCGUGGCCAAACAUCCGCUUCGUCUUUCACCUCGGGAGAAACUUUUACGAAGAUGCCCACCGGGUAAUGACCCGUUUCUGCCACCAAAUACACGCAGACUUCCAAUUGUCUCCAGACCGCAGCAACCAACCCGAUUGCAGCAGGUUCCUCGUCAACGACCCAAUCUUGUCAACGGAAUUGCAUUUUCAGGGAGCAAUAUUCCGGAUGCAACAUUGAGACAAGUCAGUGCUGGCGCAGUUUGGAACGUGGGUGGAGCAUCUGCAGUCCGUGGAGGUCCCCUUUCCACAGCCCCAGGCGAUACAUCCAUCGCCACGGGCCAUGGACCAGCUGCACCAAACUAUGUGGCCAGAUUUCUGCCGAAAAAGCCGACGCCUGACGAAGAGGAAAGGCAUGAAUCGAGGCUUGCGCUUGCAUUGGAUAUAGAUCCAAUCACCAGAUUGCUCGGUACUACCCAACCAUGUUUCGAGGUGCCACUCAGUCCAGCGUCUCUGCACUACGAAAGGCUCUCUCCGUUCGUUUGGAAGGAUAGUGCUUGGAAGAAAGUGGAAAGGCAACAUUGGCCUACAGUCCGUGAUAAAAAAGAGGUCGUUCCACCGAAGCCCUUCCGCAUACUGGAUGCUCCCUUUCUUCGAGAUGACUUUUACUGCAGUACACUGGCAUACUCAUUUACAUCUGGCAUCCUGGCAGUAGGCCUUGGGCAUCAGGUCUUUCUUUGGUCAGAAGGCCGAGGGGUAGAUUAUCCGCCCUUUCCAGACUUGCACCACUCAAACUAUGUGACUUCUUUGUCAUUUUCGUCUGAUAUUGGUGGGAGAAGCAUCCUUGCGGUGGCUCGUCGGUCUGGUCAACUCUCUUUGUGGAGUACAUAUGAGGCGGAUAUUCGAUUCGAGAUCAGCCACCCCAACAGUAUUUCAUGCGUGGCAUUCAAGCAAAAGACAUCUCGGAGACAUUCAGAGCGAUUCAUCCAUCGAGAAGUCGAGACUGAAGAGCUAGCCGCUGGUGAUGACUUCGGCAACGUUUGGUACUACUCGGUUGAGUGGCCUGACGCCGAAAACCGAGAAGAGUGGAAAUGGAAUGGAUCCAUGACUCUACUUGCUAAAAUUUGUGCCCAUACCCAGCAGAUCUGUGGACUGGCCUGGUCACCCGAUGACAGAUACCUCGCCACGGGCGGUAAUGACAAUAGCUGUCUUUUGUUUGAAAUGGGCGAGAUCGUUCCAGUACAGCCUUUCGAUGCAGGCUCACCCGUGACGCCGCUUGAUUCUCCAAGUCAGUUCAGCCUUGGCGCCUUCCCCUAUCUCGCCCUGGGUACAGCUACAAGACGGCUAUUCCACAGACGGCCUGCUAUAAAUCACUUUCUCCCAUCAUGGGUCAAACCUCUUAUUAAACCUCCAGUCAGAACUCCACUGUUGAGCAAUGCGGGGACACUGAUUUCUGGAAGUGGACGCACAGUUCUGGUCCCUUUCAAUCGUCAAAAGCAUCGCCUGCUACAUUCGGCGGCUGUCAAGGCAAUUGCUUUUGCGCCAUGGCAGCCAUCUCUUCUCGCAACCGGGGGAGGCACGAAUGAUCGCGCCAUCCACUUCUAUCACACACGGAGCGGAGCCUGUCUAGCAACUAUCAGCGUAUUUGCACAAGUCACCAGUCUGAUCUGGAGCCAAACUCGGCGCGAGAUUGCUGCUACUUUUGGCUACUCGCAGCCCGAUCAUCCUUUCCGAAUUGCCGUCUUUGCCUGGCCCAGCUGCGCACAGGUCGCUGUCAUUCCCUGGGGUCCCUAUGGGGCCAGCUGGGAUGGAUCUGAUCCACCUACUAGUAGCGAUUGCGGACGAGCCUUGUGGGCAGUGCGAUACCCAGGAAGACUCCAUCAUCCACCGGAUUUUGCCUUUGGUAGACAAGUUAGUCCAUCCUCCUCACAGUCACCUUCUUUGAGUCGGUCACGAUCUCCGACUCGACCUCCUCGAUCUCGCGGGCACAGGACCGAGCCCCGGAUAGUGAGUCCAAAGGAGAAAGAAGGUGGAAUGUGGUGUACAAGAACCAUGGAAGAGGGGUGUAUCAUUGUGGCGUCUAGUGAUCAGACUGUCAAGUUUCACGAGGUCUGGACUGGAAGCAGGAUAAGCACUAGCUCCGUUUGUGGGCUUUUUGGGGGCAGUGAUAUUCUUGAGGGCGCGGAGGGCAUUGAGAAGUCUGGUGAGGAAGUCAUUCGCUAG